AUGUCUGAGAAACAGAUGAAAGAGAAGAAGUUGAUCAACAAGACCAAAGAGACGAUGGAAACUGCGACAUGGAAACCGGUGAAAUACACAACAAAACAACGAUCCAGUUCAAUUCGUCUUGGAUCGACUCGACGUUUUCAAACUGCAGUAUCAACGCCGAGUUUACCCGAAAUACCUAAAACGCCAUCUCCAGCUUCAUGUGAUGAAAAGUCGAUGAAAAAAGCGUGUGAAGAGAAGAAAGAGAUAUGUGAUGAGAUCCUCAAUGGCAAGUCAAGGUAUGCGGACGUUCAAAAACAAUUCAAGUUUUGUGAAGUAGUUGGGAGAGGUGGCUUUUCCGUUGUACACCGCGCUAUUUACAAGAAAACCAGUGACACUGUUGCGCUGAAAAUUAUUGAUAAGACGAUUGUCCGGAAAGACCAACUUGAGACUCUUUCGAGGGAGAUAGGGUUCGUCAAAUGGUGUGAACAUAAAUAUCUCUUACAAGUCUACGACAUCUUAGAAGACGACGACUACAUCUAUGAAGUCCUUGAAUUCGCACCAGGCGGCAAUCUCUUUCAAUUGAUUAAGAAGAAACCUUUAAGUGAACAACAAGCGCAAUGGGUGACUUACCAAGUCGCAUCUGCAGUGUAUUAUUUGCACUCUCAAGGUAUUUGUCAUCGGGACUUGAAGCCCGAGAACAUUCUGCUGAUGGAAAAGGGCAAAGAAAACUCGUUCAAUAUCCGACUCGUCGAUUUCGGUCUUGCAAAGAAGUUCUCAGAAGACAUCUUAAAAACCCCAUGUGGCACAUUCGACUAUGCACCCCCUGAGAUGCUACUUCAUCAAGAAAAGUAUACCCAUUUGUGUGACAUUUGGAGUCUUGGCGUGACUGUCUUUGUUUCAAUGUGUGGGUAUUACCCAUUCGAUGGGGAUAACUUAGCAGAAAACAUCGAACAAAUGAAGGCAGGCGAUAUCAACUUCGAUGACGACGAAUGGGGGAUCAUCUCUGUCGAGUGCAAAGACUUCAUCAAAAAGUGUUUGACUGCAGACAUCAAUUAUAGACUGAAUGUCGAGGGCGUCCUCACACACCCAUGGCUCUGUGGAAAUUCGGUCUAUACCAACCCUCUUUUCACCUCAUUACUGGAACAAUUGAGUAACCAAACUAUGGAGAACUCAGUCGUCCCAAAGAAGAUAACAAUAGACUAA